AUGGCGGAGACUACAAACGUAACUCCCAAGCCCGUCCACACAAUUGUGUUGGACGCGGGUCCGAUUCUCAAGAAUACCCCGCCGCUUUCGACCCUCCUCGCGCAAUGUGAGGAAAUUAUCACCACCCCCUCCGUGGUGGCCGAAAUUCGCGACCCUGAUGCCCGCGCACGUGUCGAGACUCUCUACCUGCCUUUCUUGAAGCAGCGCACGCCCACACCAAACAGCUUCAACAUCAUUAGCGAAUUCGCUCGCAAGACUGGUGACCGAACUGUGCUGAGUCGAGUCGAUAUCGAGAUCCUCGCCCUUGCAUACGAACUCGAAUGCGAAAAGAAUGAAGGAGACUGGCGGUUGAGAAGUGUCCCCGGACAGAAGAAAAUCAACGGCAAGCCCCCUGUGAAGGAAGAGCCCAAGGAAGAACCCAAGGAAGCCCAACCCGAGUCUACAGAAGUGCAGUCUAUCACAGAGGGUGUGAAGGAAGCUGUGAUUGAGGAGACCCAAGAACAGCCUAAGGAGGAGGAGGAAACUGUCCCCGCCUCCAACGAGGAUGUCGAGAUUAUUGCCGCGGAAGAGAAGGACGAAGACGAGCCUGCGGAUGAUGCCGAUUCCGACGGCGGAGAGUGGAUCACACCCUCCAACUAUAAGAAGCGCCUGGCUCAGGAUGAGUCUGGUGGAGCUGCAUCUCUCACGGCUGCGCCGAAGACGAUGCAAGUUGCGACCAUGACCACUGAUUUCGCGUGUCAAAACGUUCUCCUCCAGAUGAACCUUAACCUUCUGUCUACCACCACCCUGCAGAAGAUUCAGCACCUCAGAACCUUCAUUAAGCGCUGCCACGGCUGCUUCUUAACCACCAAGGACAUGAACAAGCAGUUCUGCCCUCGCUGCGGCAAAGACACCCUUACUCGUGUCUCUUGCACCACCACUGCUAAUGGCCAAUUCACAAUGCAUCUAAAGAAGAACAUGCAGUGGAACAACCGCGGCAACGUAUACAGCGUCCCCAAGCCCAUCGCAGGCAGUGCGAACGGCAAGUGGAAGGGCGGCGGUGGCAAGGGAGGAUGGGGCACAGAGCUCGUCCUUGCUGAGGACCAGAAAGAGUUUGUCCGCGCCAACGCAGAAGAAGAGCGCCGGCAGCGCCGUGAGCGCGAUCUCAUGGACGAGGAUUACCUUCCUGGCAUUUUGACUGGCGAGCGCAACAAGACCGGUGGUCGUACCAAGGUCGGAGCUGGGCGCAAUGUCAACUCUAGAAAGCGCUAA